AGCUUGACGUCGGCACAGAAAACAGGGAGCGCACGGUGGCUACUUGAACGAAAACGGGGGAAGCUGCUCCAAGAACCAGCUGAGCUAUCGAAGCGGACUCAACAUGACACAAAACAGAGGCUAAAUGCGGCUCCAAACACGGUGAUCAUCCCGUAAACUUCGACGACCACGCCCCAGGUUCGCCGCCCGGAGCUUGUUAAAAGUGCGGGCUGAAGCGCAACAGUGAACGGGGAGAGCCAGCUGGGCGGCUAGCGGGCUUGCAGCAGAGAGGAAGCAGGACUGUGGGCUUGGGUAACUGUUUUGAACCAUGAGGGAGUACAAAGUCGUGGUUCUCGGCUCGGGGGGAGUCGGCAAAUCCGCCCUCACCGUCCAGUUUGUGACCGGUUCUUUCAUCGAGAAGUACGACCCCACGAUAGAGGAUUUCUACAGGAAAGAGAUCGAAGUGGACUCAUCUCCCUCCGUCCUGGAGAUCCUGGACACGGCGGGGACCGAGCAGUUCGCUUCUAUGCGGGACUUGUACAUUAAAAACGGCCAGGGAUUCAUUUUGGUUUACAGCUUGGUCAAUCAGCAGAGCUUUCAGGACAUCAAACCCAUGCGGGAUCAGAUAAUACGCGUGAAAAGGUACGAGAGGGUGCCCAUGAUCCUGGUUGGAAACAAAGUGGACCUAGAGGGGGAGAGGGAGGUGUCGUCCGGUGAGGGGAAGGCACUGGCGGACGACUGGAAUUGCCCGUUCAUGGAAACUUCAGCCAAAAACAAGACCUCCGUAGAUGAACUGUUUGCAGAAAUAGUGCGACAGAUGAACUAUGCUUCAACACCAAAUGGCGACGAUCAGUGUUGUUCGUCUUGUGUCAUUCUUUAAGAGGAAAGGCAAACAUAAAGUCUUGGUUAAAAUUGCAAUGUGUCUUGCACCAAGUGUGUACUGUUGAGCUCUUCUAUACGUCUCACCCUGGCCUUUGAGGAAAAAUGAACACAGGAAUGCCACAGGGGGACGGGAGAGGAGGAGGAGGGGCAGCUGAAGAGGGAGGAAUCCUGCUGGCUUGUAAUAUCUGCACGAUCAGUGUCCACAAGUGAUGUCAGCGAAGCCAGUGUUUCAGCUGCAGUUUCUUCAAGCCAACUGUACUGUACUGUGCAAAUGGAUCUAAGCCGUUUUUAUGGGAAUAAUUAAGGAGAGCCACAUUUAUAGACACUCAUGGAUAUUUGUGUAUAAGAGUCAAAGAGUUUAUUUUGUUAAUGAACUGCACAAUAGGGUGAAGGAAUGAACAAACUAGUCAGCCUUACCCAGAAAAAGCAAUGCUUUGCAAACAAAAUUAGCCCUUCUCUUUCCCAAAGUCAAAAAGACACUUAACUGCUGGUUGAGUACUGACGAGUGCCACUUUUUCCUUCAUCACUUCUACAGUGUGUGAGAGGACCUUAACUGACAUGACACGAGGAUGGAUAACCUAACGGCCCUUGUGUCCAGUGCCUUUCCAAAACAAAUCAGCUGUUUCGAAUCUAGUGCCAACCUGUCACCAAAAGAACCCUUGACUUGGCAAUCCACUAACUCAAAUGUCAUCAAGCCACCAUAGGCUUUAUUGUUCUGGAAUCUGUGGUUUUCUGUAUGUUUUACAAUGGUCAGGUGCUCAUUUGCGUUGUCUGUUUAUUGUAGGAACAAAUAUCUAUAUUUUAGAUGCAGAGGUACUGGAGACCUAUUACAGCACCAAACCGCUUCACUUCCAGACCAGCCUAAAAUCAAAGGAAUUCUUUUUUUUUGUUUGAUUUUGUUUUUUUCAACCAGAAAUGUGAUGAUAAUGAUGAUGUAAUGUUGACACAAUUAACCAGAUUGUAAAGUUUUAUUUCAGAGCUGCCACUGAACCAUGGGGCUGUCUGUUUUAAAGACUAGACUUUUAAUACAAAUUGCAUUUUUAACAAAAGAAACCAGAUUCUGUGUUUUGUUUACCUUUUACUUAUUAGUAAAUAAAAUAUUUAUCAAAUCAGGUAAA